AUGGCAGAUCUAUAUGGCCCAACUGAUACGGCGAUGUGCAAGAUAUUUCGCACAACGCUCUCCGAACGAGCAUUGAGCUGGUACAACGCCUUGCUUACUGGGUCAAUUGAAGCUCUCUCCAAACUAACGGAUCGCUUCACCCACCAUUUCGCUAUCAACAAAGAGUACGCUAAGAAUCCCGCGUACCUCUUCACUAUCACCCAGAGAGAGGGCGAAACCCGCCGCAACUACAUUCAACAAUUUGUUGAGGCAGCUCACAAAGUUCCUAACGUGGGAGGAAGCAUGCUCUUUGGAAUCAUUCAACAAAACUUGAAGGAAGGUAGAUUUAAGGAAUCGAUUUCAUGA